UUCUUCCUGAUUGCUGUGAGUCUGUGACAAUAAAAAGGGCAACCCUUACCCCCCUUUCUCCCUCAUCUUUGCUCAAUCGAGGUCUUCUCGAUUUUUUCAUUCACGCUUUCUUACAACCAUUUCACUCAUACUACUCCCUCCCUACUACUCAAAAGGAUUUGGGGCAUGUGCAGUGAUUCAAAGAGUAAGCUUUCUUCGCCAAACCUCGUCAUGGAGAAUGGUAAUCUUCAGAAGCAGAAUCUAGAUGGUCUCUACAACUUCUCAGUUCUGCUGGAAUUGUCUGCAUCAGAUGAUUUUGAAGCUUUCAAAAGAGAAGUGGAUGAGAAGGGGUUGGAUGUGAACGAGGCAGGGUUUUGGUAUGGUAGAAAAAUUGGGUCAAAGAAGAUGGGAUCCGAAACAAGGACCCCUCUCAUGAUUGCUUCUUUGUUUGGAAGCACUAAGGUGGUCAACUAUAUUCUUGAGGCAGCAAGUGUUGAUGUAAACAGGGUCUGUGGUUCUGAUGGGGCCACUGCUCUCCAUUGUGCUGUUGCUGGGGGCUCUGAAUCCUCACUUGAGAUUGUCAAGCUCUUGCUUGACGCUGGUGCUGAUGCUGAAUGCCUUGACGCCAGGGGCAAUAAGCCGGUUGAUCUGAUUGCUCCCGCCUUCGAUUCAUCGUCCAAAUCGCGAAGGAAGGCUAUGGAGUUGUUCCUCAGAGGUGAGGAAAGGGAUGAACUCAUGAGCCAGGAGAUGGAGCUGCAGAUGUUCUCAUCCAAAGAAGGUGCUGAGAAAAAGGAAGGAAGUGAUAAGAAAGAAUAUCCUGUUGACAUAUCGUUGCCGGACAUAAACAACGGUGUAUACGGAUCGGAUGAGUUUAGGAUGUACAGCUUCAAGGUGAAGCCAUGCUCGAGGGCUUACUCCCAUGACUGGACUGAGUGUCCAUUUGUUCAUCCAGGGGAGAAUGCAAGGAGGAGAGACCCAAGGAAAUACCCUUAUAGCUGUGUUCCUUGCCCUGAGUUUCGCAAGGGAACCUGCCAGAAGGGGGAUUCCUGCGAGUAUGCUCAUGGUGUUUUUGAGUCAUGGCUCCAUCCGGCCCAAUACCGAACAAGGCUUUGCAAGGAUGAGACUGGUUGCACUAGAAAAGUCUGCUUCUUUGCUCACAAACCUGAAGAGCUGCGCCCGGUGUAUGCUUCCACUGGGUCGGCUAUGCCUUCGCCGAAAUCCUAUUCAGCUAGCGGACUUGACAUGAGUGCUAUGAGUCCAUUGGCUCUUAGUUCAACAUCUUUGCCUAUGCCAACUGUUUCAACCCCACCCAUGUCUCCCUUGGCAGCUGCUUCCUCUCCCAAGAGUGGAAACCUGUGGCAGAACAAAAUAAACCUCACUCCACCAUCCCUGCAGCUCCAGGGUAGCCGGUUGAAGUCAGCUUUGAAUGCCAGGGAUCUGGAUCUGGAGAUGGAACUGCUAGGUCUAGAAAGCCCGGCUCGUCAACAACAGCAACAACAACAACAAUUGAUAGAAGAGAUUGCCAGGAUCUCUUCCCCCUCUUUCCGGAGCAAGGAAUUCAAUAGGAUUGUUGACAUGAGUCCAACUAACCUUGAUGACCUGUUAGCAUCUGCUGACCCUUGUGUGUUAUCUCAACUACAUGGACUUUCGGUGCAACCUUCAACACCUACACAGUUGCAACAAUCUCCAAGCAGCCUUCAAAUGCGCCAAAACAUGAACCACCUUCGCGCCAGUUAUCCAUCCAACAUCCCUUCCUCUCCUGUGAGGAAGCCUGCAGGAUAUGGGUUUGACUCAUCGGCUGCUGUGGCCGCUGCGGUGAUGAAUUCCAGGUCGGCUGCUUUUGCAAAGCGAAGCCAAAGUUUCAUCGACCGUGGAGCUGCAACCCACCAUUUUGGGCUGUCUUCACCUUCCAACCCUUCCUGUAGGGUGUCCUCUGCCCUUUCAGAUUGGAGUUCCCCCACCGGGAAACUCGAUUGGGGUGUAAACGGAGACGAGCUGAACAAGCUGAGGAAAUCUGCUUCAUUUGGGUUCAGAAACAAUGGGGUGACUGCAUCCCCCAUAGCACAGCCAGAACAUGUUGAGCCUGAUGUCUCAUGGGUUCAUUCAUUGGUUAAAGAUGUUCCCUCUGAGAGUUCUGAGAUAUUUGGUAAAGAGAUGCUUUCACCAUGGGGGGAGCAGCUGUACAUAGAGCAGGAGCAGAUGGUAGCAUGAGUAAGGGCUACCAUAGCAAUGCUUCUUGGUUAUGCUGACAAAAGUUUAUUAAUUUAUUUAUUGAUUUUAUUAAUUUGAACUGCGACAACUAUCCAACAUUACACAAGAGUAUAGAUAGGGAUAGGCCGAGAUCUUAUGUUGCAAAGAACAAAGUUCAGGUUAAUCCAGAGAUUUGAACGGAGUUUCAACUUCUAGAUCAGAGAAGACUUGGAGAAAAGUUGGAAGAAGGAUGCUGAAUUUUUUUUUAUUGUAUAAUAAUAUAAUUUAUAAUUUAUUCCCCCCUCUUUCUCUACGGGGGUGAAUGUAUUUUCUGUAGCAAGUGGACCCAAGGUGUUUGUCAUUGAUUAAGUAGCACAAUUCUUUAUAUAUAUAUAUAUAUUGUUAUGCCAUUUGAUCAAUGCGUAUCCGUUGUUGCGAAGUA